UCAAUAUAUCUGACCAAUCAAUUGUAUACUGGAGCCAAUGCACCUUUAACCGGCGAGUUGCUCACGGCAUAUUUUACAGAGGCAAUUGACGAAACAGAUCUGUUCUAUAUUAACAUUGUCAGUGAAAUAUUAGGUGGCUUUGAAUCGACAACUUUGGCGAAUAUCGUUGUUAUUCCACCGGAAGUGAGGUUGGCGAAGAGAGAAGAUCUGGAGUGGAACUCUGUAUUGACCGUUACCAAUGAGGUACACAGUUCCAGAAUCUUCAACAGAACUGGAUACAACUCUAAUCACAAGUGAAACGACAACGACAAUUACCGUUGAGAGCACAGCCUUUGUCGUAGUUACCAGCUGUGAAGCAGGCACCUGUCAUGAGCUCGAACAAACCACUGGUACUGUUCCUACAGAGACCAUUUCUGGUGCUGUGAUGUCUUACACCACUUCUUGUCCCGAGACUUCAACAGCUACAAAGAUCUCCAGCAAAGAAGUUGUUGUCCUUACUUCUGUAGGUGAUGACACAGCCACCUACACUACCUCUACUCCAUACGACGACAUAGGAGAAAGGGUAAGGAUGGUAAAGGUCUAGUGACUAGAACAACAACUGUUGGUGGAGCCCAGAGCACCGUUACUAUCACUGUUGCAAAGACUCAGGGAGCUGGGGACGAUUUGACCAACACCACAGCUACUAUCUUC